AUGGCGAUUGUAGUGGAUAAUGAGUUGCCGGAAAAAUUAAGCCAUAAUCAUCUUUUAUAUCUGAAUUCUUCAGAUACUUCUAGAGUGAUGUUGAUUUCAAUUCAACUAACUGGAUCUGAGAACUAUUCUGUAUGGAGCAGAUCAAUGAAGAUUGCUAUACUUGGAAGAAACAAGUUGGGUUUCAUUGAUGGAAAGUGCAGAAAAGAAGGUUUUGGUACAAAUUUGGUUGAUCUAUGGGAGCGUUGUAAUGCAAUUGUUCUCUCAUGGAUAAUGAAUUCUGUCUCAAAGGAAUUGCUUAGUGGAAUUGUCUACUCGACUGAUGCAUGUGGAGUUUGGAGAGAUCUCAAAGAGCGAUUCGACAAAGCUAAUGGAUUGCGGAUUUUUCAGUUGCACAGGGAGAUUGUAUCUCUAACUCAGGGAAUGAGUAGCAUUUCUGAGUAUUUUACUCGAUUGCGUUUGCUUUGGGCUGAAUUUGACAGUUUAGCUCCUUUUUCUGGAUGUGAUUGUGCGAGAUCACAAGAUUUUACCGAGUUCAUGCGAAGGCAAAAAUUGCUGCAGUUUCUCAUGGGCCUAAAUGAAUCCUAUGAACAAGCUAGAGGUCAGCUUCUAAUGUUGAUUCCUAUUCCUUCUGUAAAUCAGGCUUACUCAAUGAUGAUUGAAUGGGAAAGUCAAAGAAAUAUGGCACAUGUUGCUGGAUCAAUGACGAACAUGGAGAUUGCAUCCUUGGUGGCCGGAAGAAAUGGACAUCCUAAGUUGAAGAAGAACUGGAACUCUCAGUGUGAUUAUUGUAGAAGGACUGGGCAUACUAGGGAUAAUUGUUAUAAGUUGAUCGGUUACCCACCUGAUUUCAAGUUUAGGAAGAAGGAUAACAAUCCUAAUCUUGUGAAUCCAAGGGGACAUGGUAGAGCUUCUUGUGUUGAUACCUAUAGGGGUUCUUCUGAUAGAGGAAAAGGUGUGAUGCCAUCAGAAUCUCACAGUGGGGGAAGAGAAUUUGGAAGGUACUCUGGUGAUUGGCAUAGAGAGGCAGAAGCAGGACGUCCGAACUACUCACAUCACCAAUACAAUCAACUGAUGCAUAAUAUGGAGAACCCACACCACUAUAAUCAAUUCCAACGGCUGAUGGAUAAAGACAAUUCUGGAGGAAGCUCAUCCCACUCUCAUCUGUCUGAUUCAGCUAACAUGGGAGGUAAUGUAUCUGUCUCUAAUGUGCUAAAUUCUCACAACACAAGUAAUAUUCAUACGCCUCAAAUGAAUGAACCUAAAGAAGAAUGGAUAAUCGAUACUGGAGCAACUAAUCAUAUGAUUUCCCACAAAGGAAUGCUAAUAGCUGGUAAAGGAACUGUUAAAGUUUCUAAUAAAAUGGUGUAUUUACCAAAUGGAGAAACAGUAGAUGUUUCACAUAUUGGCAAUUGUGGAAUAAUGAAUGGAAGGGUGUUAACCAAUGUACUGUACAUACCAGAUUUUAGGUUCAAUCUGAUGUCUGUUUCCAGGAUAACUAAGGAACUAAAUUGCUCAGUUCAAUUUUUUCCUAACUUCUGUAUAUUCCAGGACCUCUCAAAUGGGAAGGUGUUGGAGAUUGGUGAAGAAAAGGAUGGACUCUAUUUGUUAAAGCGUAAAGGACAAACAGAGAAUAAUGAUCAGCACUUUAGAGGAUUACGACAAAUUAAAGGUUUGAUAGCUACAAGAAAUAAAGUAGACGUUUUACUUUGGCAUAGGAGAAUGGGACAUACAUCUGCUGGAGCCAUGCAACAAGUGUUUAGUCUUAGCCAUGAUUACUGUAAGCAAGAAAUCAGUAGUUGUGAAAUUUGCCCACUUGCUAAACAAACUAGGAUACCUUUUCCUAGUAGUGAUACCAGAUCUAUUGCUAUUUUUGAUUUACUACAUUUGGAUGUAUGGGGACCUUUUCAUGUACCUACUUUUGAUGGCAAUAAAUUGUUCUUACCAUUGUGGAUGACUAUUCUCGGAUGA